AUGACGGCAAGAAUGCGGCCUUUUUUUCAGGGGAGAGUCCACACCAGGAGCAAAGAACAGAGAGUGGAUGUGGACAUCCCACUUCCACGAGAGGAUCGGCCUUCACGGAACGGGCCGGGCUUUUCCAGCCCGAUCUCCGCACGAGAUUCCGGCUCCAGGAUGGGCACUGGCGAAGCCAUUACUCCCACUAACGUCACAAACGUCACAAGUUUUCUCCGAUCAGCUCAGGCCCCAGAUCUCCCCAAAAGAUCAGCCAAUGGCAGGCUGGAUACCAACGAGGAACUCGUGUUGAAGAUGGACAGUGUCACACAGGUGAACUCUGAAGAUGGCAGGUUCCCGACAUCUGCAUCCCUGCAAGAUGCCCUGCUCGGGCCUGCGCUCCAUGGCGGGGGCACGCCGAAGGCUACGGCGACUGCGUCCAGCAUGGCCUUUGACGAGUCCAUUGCAGAGGAGCGCGUGGGAUCCAACGGCGCGACAGCCCAGCAGCUGUCUGGCACAGAAGUUGAGCUGGAUGAUCUUCCCGACUAUCCUCUGAUGUCUUCUAUCACUGAGGAGAGUCCCCCUGUGUCGCGGCAGCCGUCCCGCCAAGGUGCCGUGUCCCCCGGCCCCGGCAGCAACAUGGGCAGAACGCCAUCACGCAGGUCAAACCCUCCGGUGGCCACACGCCCGGCAAGCAGCGCAUCACCCAAGAAGAAGACUUCGACCAUGAACGACAUGGAUUCAGUGGUCCGCAUGCCCAGCCGCGAGUCAGGACUACGCCCCCCGGCUGGAUCGAAGAAGAGAGCCACGACCAUGAACAUGGACGACAAAACCUCCGAAGCUGAGCCAGCUGCAAGUGGAAUCAAUGCCCGGCCGUCUUCAAGAGCGGCUCAGACACCGAGCAAGAAGAAGGCAACGAGCAUCUGCAACUUGCCAGGAGAUGACCAGGCGCAGCAACAAGGCGAAGCUGAGAUGCCAGUUACGAGUGGCCAGCCUUCAAAAACAGCUCAGAAGAAGAUCAAGCAGAAGGCGGCGACCAUUUCUAGCAUGCCAGGUGGAGAUGACCCGCCUUCUCCCCGUGCUCGGCGCCUCUCGCUUAUUCCGGCAGCACAGCUCGAGCGCCAGCUUUCUUUCGCCGAGGACUCCUUGGAUGAGGUGUCUGCAAGCAUCCGUGAAGAGGAGCCUGAAUUGGACUGGCUAGAAGAUUUCUGGAAUCGCGUUCUCGUGGGAUCACCAACUGCCGAGUGCAGGGGGCUCUCCACACGUUCCAUCAGCUACUGGAUUGGCAUUUUCAACCGCUGGCAAGCUUUGGGUUCAUGGAAGCCUGGUCAAGCCCCCAAGGUCCUGGAUGCAUAUGAGCUACAGGAGUUGCUCUCCAUCCCCAUGCAGAAGACACUGGAAUGGGUAAAGCUCUUCGAUCCCCAAGCGUAUACCCAGCUGCAGGCCACCAGGUCCGCGAUGGACCACAAGAAGGUGAAGAUCUUGGUUCCGGCGUUUCUGACCUGUGGCAUUUUCCUCUCGACCACAAUCUCCAAGAAACAGAAGAUCCGAUUCCUGCUGGGAAUGUUUGAUGAAGACGACAGCCAGUCCAUUGAAUCGCCUGAGUUUGUGGAGAUGAUCUCCUCGUUCUUCUGCGGCAUCGCCUGUGCUUUCGGACUGCUAGACUACCCGCACGUGGUCCCGAAGCCGAGCCUGCGCCAAAAGCUCGGGAAGCAUCUCUUCGACCGACUGCUGGCGAGCACCUGCUGUAAGCUAUCCUUUUGGGAGGCCAAAAAGGUCGUAUCAAGUGGAUCUGUACCGUUCUGGAUCAUUGAAGAGUGGUUUCAGGGUGACAGUGGUGACCCACUUUUCGCUCCGUUCGCAAUGUUCCUGGAGCGAUUUUCGGCGCGCGGCUUUGAAGAUGAUCCUGAGUUCUUCGAGGAUGAGGAGAGAAAGUUCAAGUUGUGCCACACGAGCCCAGUAGAGCCACCCUUGGAUACGGCAGCCGCUUUGGAUUCCAGCUUCCUCCGCCGAGACCAGAUAGGCACUGUGCGGGAUGUCUUCAACGAGUGCCAGAAACAGCUCGACUUCUCGCACACGCACGCGGACAUCGAGCGCGCGCUGGGCGCGACCGUCCCUCCAGACCUGUGGUGCAACCACCUGGCACGAGGCUUAGAAGAAAUGGAGCGCACGCGGCAGCUUGGCCAGAAACCCUCAUUGGCACUUUUCCUCAAGAAGAUUUGUCCGAAUGCAAAGCCUCGGCACCUUCGGAUGUUCCAGUUCUGGAUGAAGGAGUUGGACCACAUCGAAGAGCUCAAGGUGCAAUCUGCAAGCUCCCGUCGGAUGCUGCAAAGCUUCGAAAGAUUCAUCGCCCAGCCAGUCUUACCAGCACGAAUUCGACAAGAACUGUCGGAAGAAUACUCGCACCUUGACAGCAGCGGCCGCGAGGCCCGCGUGAUGGCCGACGUGCUGCGGAAGAAGUUCUUUGCAAGGGGUUCCAGCGUGAGCAAGGACGAUUACAUCGCUGCGAUGUGCCCAAUCGACUUCCGCCCGAAGGAAGGCAACCCGGCCACCGAUCAAGCUGUAAGCCAGCUGCUGCGAAUGUAUGUGGUGCGAGUGGAGGAAAACCUCGCGCAGAAGGAGGCUCUUUUUGCAAAGAGCAGUCACGCAGGCGCCGUGAGUCCGAGGAAAAGGUUCAUCAAGCCUGCCGUUCCAGAGCGCCAGUGGGCCUUGUGGAACAAUGCUUUUGAUGCAUUCAGCCCCAGUGAGACUGGGACAGGACGUGUCUCCAUAUCGGGCCUUGUCCACCAACAUGACAUAUGUCCUGCAGUUUGCGACUUCAUGUGCAACAUCAUUGCGCGGGGCUCAACCGAGGCCCAUGAGCCUGGGUUUUCCAAAGAAGUCUUUCUCCAAAAAAUGCUUGAGCUCAGCUCUUGGCGAGUGAGGAAGGAAAAUCUGAGCCAGGGUAGACUCUGUGCAGUGUAG